AUCGAAUACUUAAUCGAGUUAGUUUGUUCAAGUAUUCGUGUAUAAUAAGGUCGUGUCCAAAAAGUUGUGUGGUUUUUUUCUUCCCAGCAGUCGAUUUCAAAUCGAUUGCUUUCGUAUGAAAGUUGGCCCAAUAUCAACUCCAAAAUGAUCGCUUUUAAGGCGUUUAGGUGUUUAAUUUUGGCCGCGUUUGUCGUCUGGAAUGUUGGAGCUAUUCCGAUACAACGAUUCUAUUCUUAUGGCGAACAAUAUGGAGAUGCUCAGUUGUCUAAAGUUGAUCACGAAGCGUAUACGCCAGAAAUACAGCUCAGAGUACCGGUGAAAUUCUACAGCGAAGUGUAUUCGUCUUUAUUCGUAAACGCCAACGGACUGAUCUCAUUCAUAACAACGAUGUCGCAAUACGUAAACAUGCAAUUCCCUCUGGACUAUCCUGUAAUCGCUGCUCUUUACGCCAAUACCGAUAUUCGAGUCUCUGGAUCGGUUUUCUAUCGUGAAACGAAUGAUGUAUCCUUGCUGAGUCGAGCGAGUCAAGAAAUUCGCCAAUUCUUUCCCAAUUCCGGAGCACGAUUCCAGGCCACAUCGCUAUUCAUAGCUACUUGGUACAGAGUUGGAUACUAUAAUCAGAAAUACGAUAAGGUCAACACGUAUCAAAUUGUGAUAGCUUCGAAUAACGAAGAAUCAUACGUUGAAUUUUUAUACGCCGACGACGGAAUACAAUGGAUACAAGGUGAUGGCCAAUUAGGUACCGGAUUGCCGGAUGCCAAAGCUCAGGCUGGUCUGGUUGCGGCCAAUGGUCGCGUACACACGUUACAAGGAUCAGGAACUGACCAAAUACGUAAUUUGAUUAGAUUGAGUAACACCAACGAAGCUGGUUUAUUUGUAUUUAGAACUGGGCCCUAUGAUAAUGUUUCAAAUAUAGAGGUACCUGUUACCUCGCAGAUAGUAUCUGAUUAUGUCAGCUAUGGCGAUCAAAUUACCUCUUGUGCUGUAGGAUUCAGUCGUUGUCAUAGUCAGGCCACUUGUGUAGAUACCGCCAGAGGAUUCUGUUGUACUUGUAGACCAGCAUUUUAUGGAAAUGGAUUCAACUGCUUGAAAGAUGGAGUUCCUUUACGAGCCAGUGGAAAAAUAACCAUCGAUGUGAACGGAAUCAAACUGAACCAAAUCGAAAUCCAAGCUUAUAUAAAUAUCCAGGAAGGUCGUGCCUACGUCGCCAUUUCCAAAGUACCAUCAACGGUUGGAAUUCAAUUACAGUUCUUGUAUCCAAUUACCACCAUGCUGAACUGGCUCUUUGCCAAACCUAUUGGAAAUGGUUUGAAUGGAUUCCAAAUCACUGGUGGCGUACUGAACCACUCAGCCGAAAUAUUCUACAAAGAAACCGGUGACCGGAUAUCGAUAACUCAGAAAUAUCUAGGAUUAGAUGUAACUGACCAGUUGAAAAUUGAAGCCAGCAUCCGAGGUACUGUCCCACAAGACAAACGAGACAGCCGUCUCACAAUCAACGAUUACCAACAACAAUUCAAUUUCUUAUCCAAAGGACUGUUUCGCUCAUCAUCGACCCUCCAAUACGUUAAAAAUAUAAUAUCUACCGGACAAGAAGAGCAAUACGAGGUAUCUCUAGACCAAACCGUACAUUUCAACGAAUCUUGCCUACUGAACUCUAACAAUAUCAGCGCCAAUGAUCAAGGUCAACGAUCCCAGUACACUUAUUAUCGAGUGAAAACUGCCCGAAAUUUUAUUAAUUACGAAAGUCGAGAGAAUAUUUUACGAUUCGCCGCCACAAACAAGGUGUCUUUGUUGACAGAGAACGAAGACCCUUGCAUCGAGGGCCGAGUGAAAUGUGUCGCCAAUAGUUCCUGCGUUGUUGAGGGAGAUUCGUUUAAAUGUGUUUGUAAUUCAGGCUUCCAUACGACGUAUUCGAGCUCUAAAACGAACGAAUUUGGGUGUUUGGAUGUGAACGAAUGUGCCGAAGGAAAGGCCAAUUGCGAUUCAAAUGCUAUAUGCAUCAACGAAGUGGGCUCCUAUCAGUGUGCUUGCAAAGCCGGAUACUCGGGAAAUGGAUUUUACUGCACAGCACUAGAAACCGAAUCACCAUGUGUGAAAAAUCCAGCCCUGUGUAACGCGCCAAACAGCAGAUGUAGCGAUAGAAAUGACCCGAGAACUUGCGACUGUCUUCCAGGAUUCCACAAACAGUACUCGACCGAUCAGCCUACUGGAAUUAUCUGUACUGAUAUCAACGAAUGCGAGUACGACUCUGGAAGUAUUUGCGGACCGAACUCGGCUUGCUUGAAUUAUGCUGGAGGGUACUCUUGCGUGUGCCAGGAGGGGUAUUCCCUUGAUAGAGAUGGAAAUUGUCAACGUAAAGAUGCUUCCUGCAACGUACUAAGAAACUGUUCCCCAAAUGGCGAAUGUAUUUAUAACGAAACUGCAGGCAAAUACUCAUGUCACUGCAUUCGAGGAUAUUACGGAGACGGUUAUGUCUGUCAACAAACAGGAGGUCGUCACGUUGUAGCAAAAAUUUGCACUUCGGGAGUUUGUGUGUGUCCACCACGUUUCAUAGCUUACGAGAAUUACUGCAUCGAGAACGAAUUCAUUCCCACCGAAAGUACAUCAAUAUCAUGCAACACGAUCAACAGCAUGUGUCAUCCUCAAGCUCAAUGCGUUUACAAUUCAACAGCUCAAGCAUAUAAAUGCAUAUGUAACGCAGGUUUCGAAGGAAACGGUUUAGAAUGCGAAGCUUCGUGUUUCCAAAAUAAUUUCUGCGACGAGCACGCCACCUGCCUUGAAAUUAAUGGUAAAGCCCAAUGUGUUUGCCAGAGUCACUAUUCAGGUGAUGGAAUACACUGCAUUCAUUCAGGCAUGUGCAACUCGGACGGAGACUGCGAAGAUAACGAAGAAUGCGCUUACAACGAAGUAUCUGUCACCUACGAAUGUAAAUGCAAAGCUGGAUACUCGAAAUCUCCCAAUUCCACAUGUCGUCCCAUUGCAAGAUGUCCUCAAUGCCAUCCUCGUGCCAGAUGCACCAUAGACGAAUACACCAGAGAAAGUCGUUGCGAAUGUGCCCCUGGGUACAGAGGUGAUGGAGUAUAUACCUGUGAACUGGCCCCAGUAUCAUGCAACACCACUAAUUACUGUUCACCUCAUGCUAGUUGUUUGUAUAAUGUCACUUAUGAUGUAUUCCAGUGCCAAUGCAGACAAGGAUUUAUUGGUAAUGGAACAAACUGCCAGAGAGUAAUAAAUUGCGCUGUUCAACCAAAAAUGUGUGAUAUCAAUGCUAGAUGCACAACCAGACAGUACGGAGUGUACAAUUGCGAAUGUAAUCCUGGGUUCAUUGGUAACGGAUCUUACUGCACAGAACCAGAAAAGAUCGAAGGAGGAUUUCUACUCAUAAAUUAUGGUUUGGGUACUGUACGAUUACCUCUGCAAGGAGAAUCUUCCAGACAAGGGUAUUCAAUUCAACUGCAAGCAGAUCAAAUAGCCAUCGGUUUGGCGAUCGAUUGCCAGGAGGGAAAAGUAUACUGGAGCGAUUACAACGGUCGUAAAAUAAAAUACUCCAACUAUAAAGGCAAAAAUAUCGGUCUCCUGUUAGACAAAGAUAUCGAGAACCCAGAAGGUUUAGCGAUUGAUUGGGUUGGUCGUACAUUAUAUUGGACCGAUGCUAAGAAAAAAUCCAUACAAUCUAUCAACCUCGACGGUACCCAACGUAAAACAAUCAUUUCAGCGAAUCUCACUAAUCCUAGAGGAAUUGCAGUCCAUCCAUACAAACGCAAACUGUUCUGGACUGACUGGAACCGAGCUCAUCCAAAAAUCGAAUGGAGUAACUUAGAUGGUAGCGUGCGUUCGGUAUUCCUUUCCGGGGCUGAUGUCCAGGUACCUAAUUCCAUCGCCAUUGAUUGGUCUACCGAAGAGGUAUGCUGGGCUGAUGCGGGAACUAAACGUAUAUCGUGCUAUGGAAUCGAUACCAGGAUUCAAAGAUUAAUUACAGCCAAUGUCUCGUCACCUUUUGGACUCACUGUGUCGAAUGAUAAAUAUUUCUGGACUGAUUGGGCUACAGGCAAAGUAGGAUAUUAUGAUCGGUACACUUCCAGAACUGAUUCAAUAACGCUACAAGUUGGAAACAGUAAAUUAUACGGGAUCGUAGCCGUACCCAAUAAUUGUCCUUAAGUUAAUACCUACAUACCCUGCAGUGCAUAAAUACAUUUAUGAGCAUUUUAGAAAUGUACAUUUUAAAUUCAGAUAAAUUCGUAAUUUUGUA